GAAGGAACAGAGAGGUGGGGUCGCAAGCAGUCCAGUCGCGGCCGCCUUGUGCGUGAGUGUCUAGUGCUGUGUCCAGGAUCUUAACACACAUAUUUCCAAGAGCCUGAUGCCCGGGCCAGCCCAACGCUCGGCCCCGCCAUGGAGUCCCGCUUCGGCCUCGACUAUAUCGUCGACAACCCCGAGUACACGGGAAAACUGGCAGCCGCAUUGGAUACGAGCAAUGUGACGGUGAAGAAGCAAGUGUUCGAGCUGCUGUCGGCCCUCUGCGUCUAUAACAGCGACGGCUACGAGAGGGCCCUGGACGCGCUUGAACACUACAAGAAACUCAAGUGUGCGAGGUAUCGGCUGAAGGUUGUUGUGGACGAGCUACAAGCAGCCACCGCAGUCGACUACCAGACAGCGCUGGUAGCGUUCCUCAACUGUCUCAUCAUAUCCACGGCAGAUCUGAAGGAGCGCAUCCGAAUCCGGAAUGAGUUUAUCGGGCUCAAACUGCUGCCAGUACUCAACGAACUAAGGAGAAGUGCACGAGGAGUUGCAGAGCUUGGCGUCCAGCUUGAUGUAUUUGAUGAGCAGAGAGAGAGUGACGAGGCCCAAGUCUUGCAUUCUCCUCACCAAGUAGAUCUCAGCUCACAUCUGGAUGUAUUCUACGCAAUACUUAGACAAGUUGCUGAUACACCACAGGAGAUCCCAUUUUUGAGCAUACUUCAGCAUCUACUUCGAAUUGAUCCUCGUGAGGCUGUCAGUGACAUUAUCUGGGACACGGCCGAGCGGUUGGUGCACCGUGCAACUCUACUAGAGGGCAAGGAGGACGCCACACGACUGCUACGCUCUCCUAGUCUUCAGUCCCACAAACAGCCCUUGUGUGGUAGCCGCAAGCAGAGUCUAAACACCUCGGUACCCCCUCCCCCUCCUCCACCCUUAGCUCCCCCUGGACCCCCUCCUCCCCCACCACCUCCUCCACUGGCCCCACCACCACCACCCUGUGCCCCCUCCCAACCCAGUAUGGGAGGACCACCCCCUCCUCCUCUACUCAACCCCCCUGUCACGACCAAAAUCCCCUCAGAAUCAGUGGAUAGUGGUCAGAACGUUGUUUUACCUCAGCAAGAAACACCUACCCCUCGUGCAAAAAUGAAAACAAUCAACUGGAAUAAAAUACCAAAUAAUAAAGUUGUGGGGAAGCAUAACAUCUGGUCAUUGGUGGCCCGCAGUCACCAGCACUCACCCAUGGCUGACCUGGACUGGGACGAGAUGGAAGGACUGUUUUGUCAACAGGCUCCACCACCACCAUCCACAUCCACCUCCGCCCAGUCGUCCCCCCAUCUCAGCAACCGAGACUCGGUUGAUGGAGAUAGGAAACGCAAGGAGCCAUCCGAGAUUGCCCUCCUUGAUGGGAAGAGAAGCCUUAAUGUUAAUAUAUUUUUAAAACAAUUUAGAAGUACAAAUGAAAACAUAAUACAAGUCAUUAGAGAUGGUGAACAUGAUGAAAUAGGAGCCGAAAAGCUGAGAGGUCUGCUAAAAAUUCUUCCUGAGCUUGAUGAACUUGAAAUGCUUCGUAACUUUGACGGGGACAAGACAAAACUUGGCAAUGCUGAAAAAUUUUUACUACAAUUAAUAGCAGUACCAAAUUACAAAUUGCGGAUUGAGAGUAUGUUGCUCAAGGAGGAGUUUGCUGCCAAUAUGAGUUACCUGGAGCCCAGCAUCAAUGCCAUGAUUGUGGCAGGAGAAGAUCUUAUGACGAAUAAACCUUUACAAGAAGUCCUGUACAUGGUUCUAGUUGCUGGGAACUUCUUAAAUGCGGGUGGAUAUGCAGGAAAUGCAGCAGGAGUAAAGCUCAGCUCACUACAGAAAGUUACAGAUAUCCGGGCCAACAAGCCCGGUAUGAAUCUCAUCCACUAUGUCGCACUGCAAGCGGAAAAGAAAAGAAAAGACUUACUAAAGUUUCCAGAUGAAAUGGGUGUUUUAGAAGAAGCCACAAAGACUACAGUCGAACAGCUACAAAAUGAGAUCAACACUCUUGAUACAAGAAUCAAGAAAAUCAGGAAACAAAUUGAGCUUCCAUCCACAGAGAAAGAAAUAAAAGCACAAAUGUUGGAAUUUCUACAAAUGGCUCAACAAGAAGUUGCAACACUACAGAGAGACCUAGGGGAACUUGAAAAUGUAAGGAAAAUGCUGUCAGAGUUCUUUUGUGAAGAUCCUGGAACUUUCAAGAUAGAGGAAUGUUUCAAAAUAUUCCAUGGGUUCUGCAUAAAGUUCAGACAGGCAGUUGUGGAAAAUGAGCGGCGGAGACUGCAAGAGGAGCAGGCAAUGGUGCGCAGGCGACAGCGGGAAGAGCAGCUAGCUACUAAACGAAGGCUCUUGAGCAGUGGCCAACUAUGUUCCAAUGGAUCAGAGUCUGAAGGCAAUAUCGUUGAUUCUCUUCUGUAUGAUAUCCGAUCAGGAUUUCCCAUAAAGAAAGAUAUGGACAAAGAAAUGAAGAUGAGGAGACUAGGCAGUGUUAUAAUGACUUCCGAAGAAGACGUUUCAGUAUCUGGCUCACCUCUGCUUACUCGCAGGAGGUUUGGCUCUUUUUCUGGAGAAAAUCCAAUGAAAGAAGAUGCCAACUAUUCUCCAGAUGUCACUCCAACAGGGAGUUUGAGAAGACGGAGAAGUCGAGUUCCCUCAGAAGAAGAUGAGUCUACACUUAUGGAGUUUCUUCAAGCUUCUGGUCAAAAUGCAAAUAGGGAACGAAAGUCAUGGGGUAGUUUAGAUCGAUCCUGGGCUCGCCGAGCACGUGGUGGUGGUCGCAAGAGACCUGAUCUUUUGAGUGCCGACUUCUCUGGUGACAGAGAGCGUCCAAACUCUCCCUCCCCUCUUGCUGAAAACAAGACCAUCCUGCCAGCCACAGAUGAGGAAGAAGCCAAACCAAGGGCUUGGAGACAGAAAAUAGAAGCUUGGCUACAAGAAAAUGAAAAGGAGGAAAAACAAACAGAAGACUUGCAUCGAAGAGCACGAAGGCUACAGUCCAAUCGUCGUUCCUUUGAGGGUGACUCUGAGAGUGAAAGGUCACUGACUCUUGACACCUUGCCCGAGGGUAAGCUUGCACAGGGAGCUGGUCAAUACAAACGUGUUUAUUCAGAUUGGAAACCAACUGUAGACAAAACAGAUGUUGUAGGAACGAUGGAAGCCAUUGCUGGUGCUGAAAGUCAAGUGAAAGACAAAUCUGCAUGGAGGAAGUCCAACUUAAAUGUGGCAAGUUCAGGAGAGGAGUCAGAGACUGAUCAGAGGCGACUGCGUCGUCUGCGGUCACGCAACAGUCUGGAUGGUCUACCCUCAUCUACACUACAGGCAAUUACAGAAGAAGAGAAACGGAAAGGUAUCAUCAAUAGCCUUGGUCAAAUGCCUGAUGAGAUGACGCUCACAAUGUACAUUCGUAAACCUAGUGAAACACCUACUCCUUCUACUCCAGACAAAAAUAAACUUCGACAAAAGUUCAGUCCUCUUUUAUCAAGGAGAGUACCAUUAUCACCUUCUGAAAAUAAUGAAGAACAAAACUUACCACCAUUUGCACCUCGGAGGUUGAGAAAAAGUUCUAUCGAUAUUGGUGUGACAGAUCGUGUAGAAAUAGAUUCAGACAACAUAGAAACUCCACCAGCCACAAGAAAACUUGGGAGUGCAAAAUCAGGUAGUGGAGAAGUAACCUCAGAUGGAACAUUGAGCAGAAGUCAGUCUAAUGAAGAUGCCAAAGUUGAAGAAGAAGAAAUGGGUGAUGGUCAGUUUAAUAGAUUCUCAUCUACACGGAGAACGAGGAGGUAUAGGAAAACUAAUGAAGAGGACCCAGUUAGAAGAACAGAGGUUGUUUCUCCUGAGUUGAUUCCUGAUAAACAAAUAAUUAGACCAGCAACUUUGCAAGUACAGUCUUAUCCAGUCACAUCACAAGCUCCUCAGGACACUGAAUCACGUUUGAAAAAGUGGCAAGAUCGACUUAAGUACAGAGGAAAUGAAAUUAAAAUGGAAGAAGAAGCCAUUGGUAAUAUUAUAAAGUCUGGCGAAGAACUUCAAAAUUUGGGCAAAUCUUCUACUCUGCCAAGAACACUACGGCACAGGUCAAGUAUCUCUAGGACAGAUGUAAUAGAGGCUUUGAAACCUUUUAAGAAUAAUAGUGAAACUCCACAGCCAACAACUGAUAUUUCCCUGGAAUCUGCACCCAAAGAGAUGAACUCACAUACUCUGCCACGGUCCAUCAGACAUAGAAGCAACAUAGAACCAAGUGAUGUUUCCCAGGCUAUUAGAAAGUAUGGUUUCCAGCAAGAUAAAUUCCCUGUGUCUCAAACCAAUUCUCCUAAUAAUCCUGGUGUAAUAAGUGCAGACAAACAUGGAAAAUUCAGUGCAAGUAGUGUUACAAAUUUACCUGCUUCAAAAACAACCAGUCAAGAGAGUAAUAACAAUAGAGCAUCUGCUCAGCUUAAAAAUGAGUUCAUUCCAGAGAUAAGAGUUCAAGCAUCAACACCAUUUAAGCAAAGAGCGGAACAUGAAUUGAAUGAUGAAGGUUUUGAGGAAACCCAAAGCCUUGUUUCAGAAACACCAAGUCAAGGGACAUCAUCUGGUUGUAAUUAUGAGGGAGACAGUACAGAUGCACCAAAACAUGCAGGAACAAAACUUUCAAGGGCAGAUAGUAGUGGCAGUGGAGAAACAAGUUUGAAAACAAAUAAAAGUAAAAUCUCAAGAACUUCAUCUCUGAGAUUGCCUGAAAGACGAAGUAUUAUUCCUAGAAGCUCAAGCUUAAGAAAAACAGAUUCACAAGCUAGUCUUUCAGGAGGAGCAGCAAUUAAAAGGUCUGAUACUCAAUCAAGUUUAACAAAACAAAUAAGUAAGAGUGUUCCUAAAAUUUCUGAUUCAAGAAAACCUUUAAGUCAGAUACCAACAACUCAGACAUCUGAAUCAAAAGCAGAAUCUUCUCUUAGGAAAAGUUCUUCUAGUCCCUACAGGAGGCAAGCUACUUUGGAAAGAACCCCACCCAAGCUAACUCCAAGUAGUAAAUCUAUAUCAAACAGUACACCCAUGAAAAAGAAAGUGGAGCGGUCCAAUUCAAGAAGUAGUUUACGCAGCUCACGGAGUUCUCUAAACAGUGCAACAUCAGUGAGCACUGUUCGAAAUAUCAGACCAGUUCCAGGUAUUGGAAACUACACAAGUGCAAUCAAAACACUAACAUCAGAUUUGAGAAAAUCUAAUUCUUUGAAAAAACCUUUGGCUCCAGUUCAACUGAGAAGUAAAACGCCUGUGCCCGCCAGUAGAAGCAGUAGUAGUGGCAGCAGUAUCGGGCCCACAACACGUCAAAGACAGGUCACAUCAGGUCUGAGCACAAGUUUCAAGGAAAAUAACGCUUCUGUUGUACCUGCCAGUCGCAGUAGCAGUAGUGGCAGCAGCAUCGGACCAGGCCGGAGAGUUACCAAUAGUUUCAUGAGGCCUACAGCAUCCAGUGCGGCUAAAGAUUCUAUUGAUACUCCCAGAAUCAAACCAUUGUUCCGCCAAAGUAUUAAAUAGAAGAUAAUAAUGUUGCAAAUCAGGUUGUUUUUAGAGUUUAGUUAUAUCAAACAGACAAUUUUAAAAUUGUGACAGACAAAUAUGUUGUGUUUUGUAAGUAAUUAAUUUUAUUUGUGCUGUAAACUUAUAGGUAUUAUAACAUACUAUAGUUAUUUUUAUAUUUUAGUACUUUGUUUACGAGUUUUCUUUAUAAAUGAAACAGUGAAGAUGUGAUAAUAUUAGUUGUUAAUUUGUAUGUUACUGAAGUCAUUAAAGAUCAAACAAAUGAAUUCUUGAUGAAA